AUGCCGCCAACACGUGGAGGGGGUCCUUCGCUGACUACACCCCCUCACACGGUUGUUGAGGUGGCUGCCCCUACAGGACCAACAAGGCCAAGGGGCGUUGCGGAGGAGCUGCCUACUGCCUCGGGUGUAGGGUCAGCGACGGCGGACGCCUAUGCGUCGUUGAUGUCCUCUGGUCGUAGGGGAGGGUCUUCUCCAACGCCGUCCUCCCCUAAAGCUGAUGACGCCCUCGCUGGUCGCCAGAGGUGCCCAGUAGCACCACCUUCGGUUGCUACUAGCACGCCUUCUCGGUGCAACACGCGCCAUAGAGUUGGUCCCGAUGGGUCUGCAACGUCGGAUGAGGACUCAUUAGCUAAGGCUAUGAGUCGCAAGGCGGAGGUGAACCUCAACUAUUCUGUUAGUGCUAUUUCAGUUUCUGCUAAUGCUCUUAGACGUAUGGAGUUUGAUAGAAUCAAACUUACUCCUACGAUUUCGAGCAAGUUUGAUACCUCUUUUUCUGAUGAGGAAGUGUACGCCAUCUCAGACGGCCAACUUCUCUCACAUCUAGUUGGAGAGGUAUCGGAGGUUUCCCAUGGAGCGACUGUUCUCAUGGUAGCUCUGGCCUACAUUUCCAUCUCUAGGCAUGUAAAAGAAGCCACUAGUGCUGCUGUGUCGAGCAACAUGUACGCAUCGCUGGAUCACGUCGCCGCCGGCAUGCAAGCUAUCCUGGCAGCCAACCAUUCGGCCUUCGUAGUUGCAGACUACCUAGCGGUUAUUUCGAAUUACUCAUGUAUAUUCCGGUACGUGUUGACAUGUCAGGUGGAACAAAACUUGUUCAUGGCGUUCGCAAUGCAGCCGCACGUCGCCGAGAUGUCAUACGCUGGCUUGGACGGUGCCGCCUUCACCUACUACCGCGGCAAGGAUGGCCAGCCCAGAAAGAUGUUCGGACUCCGGUUGGUGUGGCAAAAGGAGGCCAUGCUUCGCGAGAUAGGGGUGGCCGUGGUCUCUGUCGUGUGCUUGCUCGCGGCCAUGACGAUUGUGGCGUGCUUCUUCAUGGCACGGGCACUGUGGCGGGCGGGGUCGCGGGAGGCGGCGUUCCAGGGUGACCUCAUGAGGCAGAAGGAAGCACUCCAGCAGGCAGAGCGCAAGAGCAUGAAUAAGAGCAAUGCAUUCACGUCCGCCAGCCAUGACAUCCGCUCCUCGCUCGCCGUCAUCGCUGGACUCAUCAAUGUCUCCCGGACGGAGGCGCGGGCAAACCCCAACCUCACCUACCACCUCGACCAGAUGGAGAUUGGCACCAAGAAGCUCUUUGAUAUACUAAACACAAUACUAGACAUGAGCAAGGUAGAGUCCGGGAAGAUGCAAUUGGAGGAGGUGCAGUUCAGCAUGGCCGACGUCCUUGAAGAAUCUAUGGACAUGGCGAACGUCGUCGGUAUGUCUAGAGGCAUUGAGGUGGUUUGGGACCCCUGCGACUUCUCUGUUCUUCGAUGUGAUGCGGUCAUUGGUGACUGCAAGCGCUUCAAACAGAUCCUCGACAACCUUCUUGGAAAUGCCAUCAAGUUCACGCACGAUGGCCACGUCGUGCUCCGCGCGUGGGCCAACCGCCCUAUCGCAAAGACUUCUAUGAUCAGCACCCCAUCUAGGUUCGCCCCCCGCUGGCGUGCGAGCGUGUUCUAUCAGUGGCUGCUUGGAAUGAGGGAAGAAUGUGCCGAGCAGAAUGCUCACCGUUCAGUCCAAAAUGAUCCCAACUACCUUGAGUUUUACUUCGAGGUGGUUGAUACCGGUAUUGGCAUAGCAAAAGAAAAAAGGCAAUCGGUGUUUGAGAACUAUGUCCAGGUGAAGGAAGGGCAUGGUGGCACCGGCCUUGGACUUGGUAUAGUUCAAUCUCUUGUUCGUUUGAUGGGCGGGGAGAUAAGCAUCAAGGACAAAGAGGCAGGAGAAGCAGGGACGUGCUUCGGAUUCAACGUCUUCCUCAAGAUUAGUGACGCUGAAGAGGACAUCGAGCACGGGAGGGCGGUGCCGUCCUUCAGGGAGCCCGACUGCUUCAAGGGUGGGCAGUGCGUCCUCCUAGUCCACGGGGACGAGACCCAGCGGAUCCUCAAGACAUGGAUGGAGAACGUCGGGAUGAAGGUUUGGCCCGUCCUGCGCGCCGAGCUCCUCGCCCCGACAAUGGAGAAGGCACGAGCCGCCGUGGGCGCCUCGCCGUCGAGGCCAGCGUCGAUCUCUUUGUCGCAGGGCGACGGUGAUGACUUGGACGGUGUAGCUGAUCGAUGCUUCAGCUCCAAGGAGAUGGUCACCCAGGUCCUGCGGAACAGCAGCGGCAACCACGCAGGACACCUCCACCCCUUCGGCCUACUCGUCGUGGUCGACGUCUCUGGUGGGAGGCUCAACGAGGUCCUCCACGAGGCGCCGAACCUCACGAGGAUCAAGCACCAAGUUCCAUGCAGGGUGGCGUGCAUUACUGACCUUAUGUCCUCCUCCGAGGAUUUGAGGAGGCUCAAGGAGGCGACAAGCUGCGACAUGGACCUGCGCAAGCCGAUCCACGGCUCCCGGCUACGCAAGCUCCUCCAGGUCAUGAGAGAGCUCCAGGCCUCUCCAUUUCCGCAACAACAUUCACAUCAUGCCGGGAUCACCAUCAAUGAGUUGCCGGCAGCGGAUCAGGCCACUGCAGUGUCAUCUGAAAUCACAUCUGCGGGGACAGUGCCCCAGGAGCCGCCCAGGCUUGGAGACGACAAGCCUCCAGAGGCCAUUGCCGUGUCAUCUGAAACCACAUCUGCGGCGGCGGUGCCCCAGGAGCCGCCCAAGCUUGAAGAUGACAAGCCUCUGGAAGGGAAGCGCGUCCUGCUGGUGGAAGACACGAGGGUGCUGCAGUUUAUCCAAAAGAAAAUGCUGAGCACUCUGGGUGCAACUGUUGUGGUAGCGGCGGAUGGAUCCGAGGCUGUGGCAAUGUUCAUCAAUGCUCUUGAGAUUGCAACUGGUGGUUCUGGUUCAGAGGAAUGGGUGGCCUCGCCCUAUGACUUGAUAUUCAUGGAUUGCCAGAUGCCGGUGAUGGAUGGCUACGAAGCGACAAAGUGCAUCCGCGAGGAAGAAAGGUGUUACGGGAUCCACACCCCAAUCAUCGCGCUGACUGCGCACUCUGAGGAGGAGGACCUGCAGAAUACCAUCCAAGCAGGGAUGGAUCUCUACCUGACUAAGCCAAUAGAGAAGAAGACAGUUGUGGAGGCCGUUCAUCAGGUGUGGAAGGAAGAUAACAACUGA